CGGGAACGACGCGAUGAAGGAAGCCACCUGACAGAACACCCUCCUGCGCCAAGUGCAAGCCUUUCAUCAGAGCCACAUAGCAUAUGGACGCCGCGGAGAGCGAAGGGAGUAUCCGACUUCCGUCUGAGGCAGCCAACCAGGACGACAGCAAUGAGCUCAGACACCGACACGCCAGGCACAAGAGGAGAAGGCGCAUCUCCGACGCCAGAGAAGCGGCGGUCAGUCUGUCAGAUCACUCCACAUCACACACGCCUCUCUGAGACGUCACGGGCCUUCCCGGGUGCGUGUGUGUGUUGGCAGACAUCCAUCCAGAAGUUCUACCGAGAGCGGUUGCAAUUCCGGAAGUAUCAAUACGAGAUACUGGUCAGCAGACUGACGGGGGAUCUAUCUAUGCGCCGUGUGAGGGCGCGGCGCAUCCCCCUCUGUCUGUCUGUGGUUGUGUUGUUCGUGUGGUGUGUGGUCAGGUGCGUGGAAUCAUGACGGUUCGCGUGAUGGCGUCGAUCGAGGUGCAGCGUGUGUGGCGUGGCUACAAGGCACGAAGUGUUUACUACGAAGAACGUAACAGACUCGUGUUCAAGGUCAGCCAGCCAGUCGGCAAGACAUCCAAGGACGGGAGAGCAGGGCAGGGCAUGUAUCUUGGUGUCAUGGGUUGGUUCAUCGAUCAGUGGGAGUGGGACGAUCCGGGACAGGAAGUCAUGGUAACCAAUCCAUCCACCACACACACAGAUGCACACAUCGGUCUUUAUCUGUCGUCUGUUGCUGUUGCUUGCUGUGUGUCGUCUUCUAUGCUAUGCAGUUGGUUGGAGGUGCGUGUGUGCGUGUGGACCUUCCUGAUGAAUGACGAAUGAAUGACGGCCACUCACCGCUGCUUUUGUGUGUGUGUGUCGGUCUGUAUCUGUAUCUGCAUCAGACUUCACACGGGAUCCAUGGCGCGAUCGUCUGGAGAUGAAGUACUGCCGCCUGCGCCAGUGUUUCGUCAGACCGUGGGCAUAUAUUCCGGGUAAUGUAUGGAGUACUUACUCAGCAGCCAGCCAGCCAGCCAGCCAGUCAGGCAACACAAAGAUGGACGUCGUUUCAAUUGUUCUGUGUCUGUCUGCCCGUGUACGUAUGUGCAGGGACGUAUGUUUUUAAAUUCGUCGUCAAUGGUGAGAAAAAUGGAGCGGCCGGUGCGGUGGUUGAAGGAAUGGAUGUGUUGGCUCGUCUGUCGGUCGGUGUGAUCUUCAUGUGUGCAGGCAACUGGGUGUGCAAUGGGGCGCUGCCGCUGGUUCGUGAUGCCCACGGCAACAUGAACAAUGUGCUCGAUGUGGCCCCGAAGCCAACCAAGGAAAAGAAAAAGACACCUGGCGGUCAGUGCACUCACCGAGCCAACAUCAGCCAGCCACGGUACAGUAUACCUUUGUUUCCGUGUGCCUGCUGUAUGUAUGUCUUGCAGAGGAGGCAGCAGCGGCUGCGAGUGGUGGUGGCCCCCGCACAUCAUCGAGCUCGGGCAGCGGUGACCAACAGCCGCCCGGCCCGCCAGACAACAACACCAGCUCCACCACACCACCCACCGAAGGCCAACAGCAGCAGCAACAGCAACAACAACAACAGCAGCAGCAGCAGGGGGGCCGGAGCAAAUCGGAGGCGCAGACGCAAACACAGCAUAGCACAACGGCAGGACCCUCUGCGUGAGCAAACAAAAGGACACCCACACAAUACAUCCGCGAAUUCAUGCUGUUGUGUGCUGUGUUGUAUUGUAUUGUGCAGUAGCAAGCAGCCGCCCGGCCAGCACGCCAACAAUCGGACAUCGAUGUUUGAAGUGGCCCUGGCGCAGGAGGCCGGGGGUGAGGGCGACGGCCACCCACCGUCUGCGGCGUCCGUCAAGUCCGAUGAGAUCCCCCGCCGCAGACACCAGCAGCAGCAGCAGCACCAUGGGGGUCAUCACGGCGUUGGUAUGGCCCGUGCCAACGGUCCAGUGGUCAAGGAGCACAGCCGCAGCUCGCCGUCACUGCGGCUCGGCUCACAGGAUGGCGGGAGGGAAGGGGAGAAGCUCACGCAGCCACCGCACCCCGUGUCAGCCGACCAGAUCAGCAGCAGGGUGCACGGCAAGCAGCUGGUGCAUCAGGAUGGCCUCACCAACCAUGCCGUCAGCAACGGUCCCUCCAACAGCACCAACAACGGCAACAAUGCCUCUUCCUCCACGCCCCAGUUCCCUCCCGGUGUGCAGUCGACCAAGCAGUUCGGGCUGCUGGCCAUCCCGCGGCUCAAGCUGGACAACGCGCUGCACGAGGGGCGGGCACGGACACACCAGAGCGUCCUCAAGAUGAUGCGCGGAUCGCACUCACAGGUCAUCCUGUGAGGGUGGGUCGGGCCAGCCGAGCCGAGCCGACUGGGGAGCCGCCCUGCCUGCCUGUCCGCCUGUCACUUUUCAUUUCCUUUGGGGGAGGGAAAAGAACGGGGAGGGGCGUCGGCCCGCCUGCCUGGCUGCGGUCUGAAUGCAUGCAUUGUCUGUCUGUCUGUCUGUCUGUCAUCGACUGAUUGAUUGAUUGAUUGAUUGAUUUGCCCGGGAGGGAGGGUGGGCACCGGGGUGGUGAGUGUAUGAGGGAUGUAUGGGAUGUGCUUGUGUGCUGCAGUGUGCUGCACGCGGGGUCCGGGCCGGGCGGAUGCUGGCUGGCUGGCUGUCUGGGACUGUAAAGGUCAUGUGAUGGGAAUCGAUCGGCCGAUGACUUACUUGCUCCGUGGAUGGGCGGUGGGGGGGUGUGAGGCAGACAGGCAAGGCUGGCUGGCUGGCUAACUCUGCGGCAAGGAGGGGGGCUCUGGCUGACUGAAUCUGUUAUGGUACGUCGGUGAUUUCUUUUUCUGGGCUGGCUGGCUGGCUGCCUUGCCCCCUGCUGGUCGGUCGCCAGUCAGUCAGUCAGUCAGUCAGUCAUAGACACGGAUGCAUCCAUCCGCCGGCCGCCGACACGUCGAUUCAUCGAUCGACGCACCCGUGUGUGUACAUGUAAGUGAUGUCUCUCCCUACCCCCUCCCUCCCUCCCUCCUGCUGCAUGCUGGAUGCCCUGAUGGAUGGAUGGAUGGAUUGGCUGAUGAUUUUGUGAGUGGUUGAGUGGUCGAGUGGUCGCCUGGCAGACAGACAGACAGACAGACAGCAAGCAGUGAGUGGGGUCUGGUGUGCGGGGCGCUGUCUGUCACUACUAACUAACUGACUAUAUGCUGAUCUCUCUCGACAUCGUCAUCCCCAUCACAUCAUGGGUGUCUGUGUGUAUGUCUGUACGUACCGUACCCAGCUAAGACUAAAUGUUAGGUCCGUGGAGGGACGAGAGGAACCAACCAACACACAGACUGACUGACUGACUGAGCACUGAGCGAGCUGGCAGGGAGCGACGGGGCGCACAGAGGCACAUACAGACAGGAAUGCACGGAGAGAUGAAGCUCUUCACAGAGUGCACACACGCAUCCACGUGUGGAUGGAUGGUGUGAGUCUGUCUGUGUGUGUGUGGAUCUGUGUGGUACGUAUGGCCGUAGUAGUUGUGCAUUGCUGAGUGAGUGAGUGAGUCGACGGACCGACCGACCUACGUGAGCGGGUGGGUGACGGACAGAUAUUGAAAUUAACCUCUGUAUGCCUGAUGGAUGGAUGGAGAUCCUUGUUGGGGCAGAAUGUGAUGAUCCAUCUUUAAAAUUGUCCACCAGUGUCCGUCACGUCACACACACAUCCAUCUCACCACCGCACCGACGCACACGAACGACGCACAGACAGACACGAAUCACCCGAGACACACACGAGCAUAAGCACGAACAUGCACACAGACACAUGAAUGAAUCGGAAAAUUGAUUGAGCCUGCUUUGUGUUUGCUGCCCUGCCCCAUCCUUCCCUCCCUCUCUCUCGCCCCUCUCUGGCUGUCCGUUUGUCUGUCAAGACUGAGCAUCUUGUGUGUGGGCUCCCCGAACGUCUUAGGCCACAUGCACCUGUACGACACACACCGAACCGCACCUGUCUGUCUGUCUGUCUGUCUAUCUGUCUUGGAUGAUUCUUAAGGAAAAAGAAGCACAGAAAGCGAGGCAACGUCCGCACGCACCACACGAAGGGAGGGAGUGACUACGCAGGCAGGCAUCUACGCAGCGACAUCCAUGGUGUGGUGGGGGGUGGGAUGGUUGUGGGAGUCAGUGCGGCACUUUCGACCACUUUCGCAUGCAGGCAUGCAGGCAGGCAGGCAAAGAAACAACACAAAGAAACAAC